UCUGCACUAAACCCUCUUCUUUGAAGAGGAAUCCCUUUUGAAGGUGACGCAUGGUCUCCGCUCCUGAUAAGUGAAGAAAACUCCACAUCUCCUCCUUGGUGGGACAAGGGCAGCGCUGUAGAUUCCGGAUCCAACCAUCCGUUAUUGCUGCAAAUUCUUUAGGAUGGAGAUAGCACCCAGGUUCCAUUGCUCACAGCGGCAAACGAAAGUAGUAAGGCAUCCACCAGUAGUAUUGCCCACACACCAUUUCAUCAGGUGUACAGAAAAGCCACGGCUUCUCCGGCAUUAUUAAAAGUCACACAUCUGUGCACUCUUGUGCCAAUUUGUUUACAAAAGGACAGGGCCCGCUUGCACGAAACAAUCCUCGGUACGAUCCUCAAUGGUCACCUUCCUCAAGCAUUUCGUUACUCAACUGAGGAAUUUAUGGGUUGCAGCAGAAAGUGGCUUGCACGAACACUUUGAGAGACGUCCUAAUUUGAGUGGAUUGUGGCUAGGAACUUCCGGCAGGCUGGUAUUGGUGGAACGAACAUCAGAAGCUCCUCCCCGGAAAACAGCACGUCAUUUUGCGUUUAGACCAACCAGCGAUCGCGCUGAACGGGACUGUCGUCUGCUUUUGCUAUCGCUCCAUGUAAUUUUAGAAAUGCACAAUAGCGAGCGAUUGUUUUAUUUUCACUGUUAUGCAUGUAUAAGAUGCUAUUGCUUGUAUUUUUUUUGCAAUAAACGAGCCUCAUAUUACAUACUGUCUCUUCCCUGUGACGGACAAUUUCUCCCAAAUGUGAUCGCCGCCGCCGAUAUUCAUCAGUUGCGGCGAUUAGCUGGCCUCGCACCAAGAAUGGGAAUAUUAAAAAAGAGAGAAAAACGUUUGACAUUAGCGACGAUACCAAGAAAUAACUUUUCCACAAAUACUGCUGAGAAAUACGUUACCCGCAAUAUGACCUGAGACAUUUGAUCAAAUACAUGAAAUGCGCGCUUUUAGUAAGCAGACGAUCACGCAGUAUUUCCGCGCUUUUGAUUGUUUGAAAUGGAAAGUGCUCCAGCAAAAAAGCGCCGUGCUUCUACGUGGAGCGAUGAAGAAAGACUGGAGUUCCUCCAAGAGGUGAUGGACAGGAGGACUGUCAUCAGGGGAAAGUUCAGUCCAUCGCUAACCAAAAAAGAUAAAAAGGCGGCGUGGCAACAAAUUGCGGAUGUGCUCAAUGCGCGUCACCCAACUACGCUACGAACUGUUGCAGAGCUGAAAAAACAGUGGGACAACCUGUGCACAAGGCACAGAACUAUUUUCUCUGAGUUCAGAAGGCAGUCACUCCAAACUGGUCGAGGAGGCAAUGUCUCGCAGCCCUCUGCAGUCACACAGGCUGUGAUCGACAUUAUUGGUGAAGAUUCCCCCAGUAUCACUGGGGUUGAAGGAGGUAUGGACACCCGUGGCGCUGCCAUUAUCGAGGACGUCAUUGCAAGUCUACCAGGGCCGUCCACCAGUGAUGACCACGAUUAUGGUACUGCGGUCCAGGAUGUUGUGCCUGUAGUUGGGCUGCGUGAAGAUGAUAACUUUGUCGUGACUUGCAAGGUGGGUGGCACAAGGGGUAGUGCCUCUUCACAGCCGUUUUCCGGUGCUGGGAACGGUGCAGAGGAGCAGCCGGCACGAAGCAGUACGAGUGCGCGUUCCCAGCGAGCCAGGAGGGACUCUAGAGAAAACAUAGAGCGCAGUUACUCGGGUCUCCUUCACAAGGACACUGACACAGCUACAAUGGAGCAACGGCUCAUUGAGGUCCGCCAGAGAGUUUCUCUCGAGGAGCUUGAGCUAUGUCAUCUCAGGCAGGAAACAGAGCGUCUCAGGCAGCAGACUGAACUGCUGAGACACAAUACAGAGAGGCUGCUGCAGACAAAACUGGAGCUGGAAGUGGAACGUCUCCAGCAGCAGCAAUAG